AUGGAGAAUCUAGAGGAUGGAGAAAUAAGUGGCUCGGAUUCAGAGCCAGAAAUGCAUUCAGAUGACCGGCAGCAGAUGCCUUCUGCAGGAGCUUUUUCCACCCAGCACUUCCAGCUAGCUGCCACCAGCUACCGUAGCUCCAUUGCAAGCAACUCGAGCGACGGCGACUCGGAGGAAGAGGCUGCAUUGUGCAGGCGAAAACGUCAGAAGUGCACCAAUGUUCCUCCGCCUGUGCCUCCAGCAGCUUUCGGAGGUUCCGGCGCUGUCGCAGGACCUCCACGCCGCAAAGUGAACAACAUCUGGGGCUCUGUGGUGCAGGAGCAAAGCCAGGAGGCUGUCGCAGCUGAGCUCGGCAUCAUGGGAAUGGAGGGGGGCAUCACUAUGGACAGCCGCCAGUGUGAGACCUACAACUACUUACUGGCACGUAAGCUGAUGGAAAAGGAGAAGCAGGAGGAGGAGCAGGGCAUGGAGACCAUGCUGGAUGGGCAGCUAGAGCAUUACAUGCAGCACGGAGCACAGGAAGAGAAGAGUGAUGGCCAUCUGAAGAGGAAGAGGUCAGUCAAGGAACGACUGGGUCCUAGAGCUGAGAUGGACUUUAAAGGGCAGUAUGAGAUCAUGGUGGACGACCCUGAAGAUAAAAUGAUUGAUGAAAUAACACAAAGGUGA